AUGCCAAAGGAAAUUUUAAUGCACGACGAGCAACAAGUACGCAAAAAAAGCACAGACAUAUCAGAUAAGAAAAGUAAAAGAGUCAGCAUCGAAGAAGAAAGUGAAAGCGUUGAAUUAACUCCAGAAUUAACUUCAGAAUUAACUCCAGAUGACGAUGAAGAUGGCCCAGAAUUCAAUUAUUAUGAAGAAGGAAAUGAU